GUUUUCUAUUGACAAACAAACAUUUUGAAGGCGAUAAUUUCGCAUUGACCUAUAUCAAUAUAGUUCAAAACUAUAUUAUUAUGUGAAAGUGAUUUCAUAACACGAUACAUUGAUAAAUAAACAACGCGCCCUUUUAAAUAAUAUGUCCGUGAAUAAAAACAAAGGCCCGGUUAUUAACCCAGCGUUAUGUCGAUGCUGCCACUCAAUAAAGAAAUGCCGCCUUCUUACCGCAGAAUAUGAGUUUAACGGAUGCAAGGAGGUGUAUGCUGAUAUGUUUAUGGACAUUUUUGGUCUUCUUUUACCACAUCUAGACGGUGACAGUAUGGAUUGCUGCAUCUGUGCAACAUGCGUCAGCCGACUCAGAGAAGCCAGCGAGUUCAGGAAGCAAGUGCUGCAGUCUGAACAGUUGUUUUUAGAUUCACGUCUCAAGGAGAACGACAAGAAUGUUAUGCUGGAAAUCAAGAUAGAACCAACCUGCGACUUAGAUACCCGUGACAAUAGUGACCACUCGGCCGACCACCAUGAUAUUUCAGAUUCAGAAACCGAUACAAAAAAGCCCCAUAUAAAGGAACCUAUAGCAGUAAAUAAUUCUAAGGUGAAGUCAUUGAAAAGAACCAGAAAUGGUCACAAAGUGGACGGAAAGCAAUUAUGUACAGCUGGCAAGAUACAACGGUUGCAUAAUAAAAUGGAGAAAUUAUUAAAACCCGAAACACCGGCUGAGAAAACUCAACCGGAAAAGCUAAGCGUACCCAUCGACCAAAAUCGCAUGGCUUUAAUCAACACAGUUAUAAUAGUGACAUAUUCCUACGUCUGUCCUUUCUUCAAUCGAAUAAGCUUCUACUACUGCUUCUAUUGCAAGGACCAAUUCACCAGCCCCGUUGAACUGAGAGAGCAUACGUUAUCUCACGACUCAAAACUAUUCGAGAACACGAUAGAACAUAACAAAAUACCAAUUGUGGACAUCACGAGAAUCGAUUGCAGACUGUGCCAAGAGAAAAUCGACGAUGUCGACACAUUCAAAAAACAUAUAACCUCCAAACACCAGAAGAUUUUGUAUCCGGUGACAAAUGAGUUUUUAAAAUUCAAACUGACCGCAAACAAUUUGACGUGCACCGAAUGCGACGCCGUGUUCGCGUUCUUCGAUUCCCUAAAGAAGCAUAUGAUAGAACAUUUUGGUACCCACACGUGCGACGAGUGCGGCGCUAGGUUCAUAGAACUAUCGCUGUUGCGCUCGCACAUAAAAAAGACGCACAAUAAAGUCGAUGCGAACUACCCAUGUGAGAUAUGCGGCAAGAAUCUAAAGUCCAAAUACAGUAUGGGACUGCACGUUGCGACAGUGCACGAGAAAAAGCCGACGAUAAAUUGCUAUAAAUGCGACGCCGCGUUCCUUUCAUAUGCAUUACGGAAUCGGCACUUGAUCGAGGUGCACGGGGACAAGAGAACGUUUCCUUGCAAGUUGUGCGAUAAGGUGUACAAUCGACGGAAAACUCUGAUGGAGCACCACAGACGCAGCCAUUUGAAAGUUUUCAACCAUCAGUGCGAGCUAUGCGCCCAGACGUUCUACUUGCCUUCAAGUUUGCAGGAACAUAUGGCGAUUCACAGAGGCGAGAGGAAUUUUAAAUGCGAACAGUGUGAUAAGAGCUACCCGGGUCUGAAAUCUCUACAGUGUCAUAUGAGGUCGCACAAACGAUAGUAAUUUUUGUAUCAUCGCAAAGGGUACUUAAUUGUACUUAACAGAGUCGAUUUUUUGUAGUACUAGAGUUUUUUUGUGACAGAACUUCUCCGGGGAAGACCUAUCAACAAUAAACAUGCUUAUUUCUGCCGUUAAGCGGCAUUGUUGGAUUGCUGUGUUCCUGUCUGAAGGGCAUGGUUGCCGGAGUAAUAAGGCACAUACGGCUUAACAAGUAUGACUCAAAUUGAUGUGGCAACAACAUGAUUCCUAAGGAAAUUCUUGACCUACCAAUGCAUACAUUUAAAAAAUGUGUAAAA